GGGAUUAAAAAUCUCUGGCUCCGCAGCAACGCCCCUCGACGGCAUCGCAAUCUACGCCAUUACAUCACUGAGAUAAUCUUAGAGGAACCGAGGUUCCCCCGCCUCGCGGAGCCGAGACGGCGGCCGGAGCCCGGAGGUGUGGGGAACGCCAAAUCUUCGACCGUCACGGCGAGGGCAGCUUCUCGCAUUAGCUGACCAGCCCAUGAGCCCACUUGGCCCACUCCUCCGCACAAACCCUCGUCGGAGAAAGGAAGCAAACACGCCCUGAAGUCCACCGCAGCCGUGCCCCAAUACCUCGCCGCCCGGCCAGUGUGCCAUCGGUCCACCGUCCGCCGCCACUGUGGCUUCCAGCCCUCUCCAGUGGCGAUGUCCGGUCCCGUCCCCAACCCCUGGGUUCACGGACCUACGCCAGUUGCGGCGUUGGACCCCGCCCACGAUCCCUCCGCUCGCCAACAGUCGGUUGCUCCUGCUCCCGUGCCCGACGCCGUUCGCGAUCCACCGUCGUCCGCCGUCGUUGAGCCCUCCGCCAGUAAACCGCCUGCUGCCACAACUACUCAACAUGGGGUAAAUGAUCAAGCUGUUCAUGCUAAUCACGUACCAAAAGAGGGGAUGGUCUUUGAGACAGAGAAAGAGGCGUUCGAGUUCUAUAGUUCCUAUGCUAGAAAUGUUGGGUUUAGUAUCCGGAAGAACCACACAAAAUCGAGAGCCGAUGGAACUCUUUGUUGCAGAUAUUACGUUUGCAGCAACGAAGGGCAGCCAGUGCCGAGUGUUGUGCAGCCUGGGCGUAAAAACCGUCCUUCAACGAGGUCCGGUUGCAAGGCUCGUCUUCAGUUCUCUAUCAGUCGAGAAGGUAUAUGGACAGUGCAAAAGGCUGUGCUUGAUCACAACCACUUUCUUGUAGGUCCGGAUAUGUCUCAUACGUUAAGGACACGGCGCCGUUUAUCAGAGUCUGAUCGACAGAUAAUGAAUCAAUUGCGUAAAGAAGGGAUUACAGCAGCUGAUAUACAGAGAGUGUUUCAGCGGGGAGCUGAAAAUGUACCUCUUCUGAAGAAGGGUUCUGAGAACCAUUACCUCCAACCUAACUAUGCACACACAUUGCUUGAGUAUUUGAAGAACAAGCAAUCAGGAAACCCUUCAUUCUUUUAUGCAGCUCAGCUGAAUGCUGAUGGUCGAGUAGCAAACUUCUUCUGGGCAGAUGGCCAGGCUAUUGUGGAUUAUUCUUGUUUUGGUGAUGCUGUGUCUUUUGACACAACGUUUGAAAGAAGCAGGUUUGAAAUGCCAUUUGCUCCAUUUGUGGGAACCAACCAUCAUAAGCAAACCAUUCUUUUUGGAGCUGCCUUGCUAUAUGAUGAAUCUUCAGAGUCUUUCCUUUGGCUAUUUCAGACUUUUCUUAAUGCAAUGUCAGGGAAGCAACCGGCAACAAUUUUCACAGAUUCAUCAGAUGAAAUAUUAAAGGCUACUAGAGAUGCCUGUAUGAAGAAAGGUCUAUAGCAUGCUUUGAUUUGAAGUGGAAGGAAAUGAUAGGUGCAUACAACCUUGAAGAUAACACAUGGAUGGAGAUUUUGUAUGGAACACGUGAAAAAUGGGCUGCUCUUUAUUGUCCUG